CUCAUAGCGCUGUGGGCCCCUGCCACAAGAAUGGCAACAGAGUCAGAGCUUGAUGUGUUCCAGGACCAACAACUCCCUCCUGUCCUUGGCAGAGAUAAGCAAGCCCAGCAGCACUAAGUGUGGCUGUUUCGCAGUAAAAGACUCAGCUCCGGUCACCAUCGGGUUGAUGGGUCUGGCAUAAUUAGAAGAGAGUGAGGGUCGGGUGUCCAAACCCCCCAGUCAAAGCUGGGGGCUGGGCUAUUCUGGGUCUAUGAAUACAUAUGCCUAUUUAUACCACUGGGGCGGCCGGCAGCCUUCUGUAGCAGAGAACUACGCAGAGCUGCUGCCACCACUGCUGCUGCUACCAAGCGGAGCUGACUGCAAUGUCAGGACAGCAGCCGGAGACAAGAGGAAUCUGCUGACAGCCGAGAGGCCCCUGAAGCAGCCCAACCCUGGUGGGAUUGAGAGGCUCUUAGACACCAGCAAGAUGAAACAGAUUGGCUAAGUACCCCCCCAGGAGGUGAGGCUGGCGUCCUCAGGUUGGAGGGAUGGGGAGUACCAUGGAUCCCCCAGGGGGUCCAUACCUGAACCUGGGAGCUGUCACAUCCCCAGUGGGCACCACCCGCCUGCUACAGCUGGCAUUUGGCUGUGUCACCUUCAGCCUCGUGGCACACCGGGGCGGCUUCGACGCUGCCUAUGGGACCUUCUGCAUGUCUGCCUGGUGUUUUUGCUUUGCCCUCACUGGUCUGGUGGUGGCCUUCGAGUUCACCCGACUCCACGGCUGCCUCCGUCUUUCCUGGGGCAACUUCACUGCAGCCUUCGCCAUGCUGGCCACCCUUCUGUCAGCCACGGCCGCCAUUGUCUACCCUCUCUAUUUUACCAGGCUCGAGUGCCCCCCGGAGCCAGAAGGCUGCACUGCCCGUGACUUCCGCCUGGCCGCCAGUGUCUUUGCGGCUUUACUCUUUGUAACUUACGCUACCGAAGUGGUCCUGACUCGGGCACGGCCGGGCCAGGUCACCAGCUACAUGGCAACCGUGUCUGGCCUGCUGAAAAUCGUCCAGGCUUUUGUGGCCUGCAUCAUCUUUGGGGCCCUGGUCCACGACAGCCGCUAUGGGCGCUUUGUGGCCACUCAGUGGUGUGUGGCGGUGUACAGUAUAUGCUUCAUAGGCACCGUGGUGGUGGUAGGCUUGAGUGUGACUGGCAGGGCUGGAACUCUGGGCUUCCCCUUUGACCGGAUAGUAGUCGUGUACACAUUUCUAGCUGUGCUGCUUUACCUAAGUGCAGCAGUGGUCUGGCCUGUCUUCUGCUUUGACCCCAAGUAUGGGACUCCCUCAAGGCCCUCAGGCUGUCCUCAAGGAAGCUGUCCUUGGGAUAGCCAGCUAGUGGUGGCCAUCUUCACUUAUGUCAACUUUCUCUUCUACAUUGCUGACCUGGCCUAUUCCCAGAGGAUCCGAUUUGUGCCCAGUCUGUAGGCCCAAGAGAGCUAAUGCCACCCUCUACCACCCUCACACAGACACAUACACACAUUCUCUGUGCUGGGGUUGACCCUUCUCUCUCUGACUUGAGGACUUCUGGAUGUAUUUGAGGGAAAGAAAGGGUGUGUGGGGAGGGGGAGAGCAGAGGGAGAAUGUCUGGGAUGAAGUUGCUGAGUCUUGAAGGAGGGAAGACUGAGGUAGGGAGGGCAACAGGCAUAGAGAAGACAGGAGACUGACACUGGGAAGGCCACAAUCAAAGAAUGCAUUAGGUCCAUGUGAGGGAAUUCAGUAACCCAGGGUAAGGAUGUGACUCUAAAUGGGGAGGAAAGAGUAUUAUAUUGUCUACCCAGAACUUAGAUAGCUGGAACAGGACAAUUUACCUAAAACCCAUUUGCCUCAAAAUUAUUUGCCUUAUGGGAUGAGCUCAGUAGAUCAGUAUGUAUAUGGAUUGUAAGCUCCCUGAAGGGACUAUUUCACUUUAUUUGUUGUAUCCUCAGAAGUAGCAUAGCACACAUAGAAAGCCCCAAAUGUCUGUCGAGCUUCAUUGGUUUUCAUUAUUUUAAUAUCAUCACACUAUAUUGCUGUAGUUUUAAAAUUUCUUUCUGGAGAAUUGCUUUUUAGCGGGUGAUUGGUUUGGACCUCCCUUCUUGGAGACCCUUUAGUCUAAUCCCCUCAUUAUACAGGUAAGAAAAUGGAAAGCUAGGGAAUUCGAAUGGUUCGUUCAAUGUUACACUACUGAUCAGCGGCAAAGCUCUAACUAGGACUCCUGACAUCUGGUCUAGCACUCCUUCCAUUUUUGUUUGCUAUUUCUUGGCUCACUGAGCUAGCAAGAAGUAAAGGUUGGAUCUGGAAAGCAGCCAGGAGGAGGUUGGGGAUGGUGGGGAUAGAGAUGUGCGCCAUUUCUUACAGAAUGAGAACCCAGCUCAGGAUGCCCUGGACCCAGAUCCACUACUGCCUGGCGAGAACAUUUGGGGGCACAGAAUGCUGUAGACAUGAUGCAUUGCAAAAGACUAAAAUACUCUGGGGACCUUUCCAUGUCAUGAAGGCCAACGUUUGGGGUCAAAAAGACUGGAGUAUCUUGAGUAACGUAGUUUCCCCCCUAUCCUCAGUUUCUGGACUUCUGGAUUCCCAUCAGGAGCAACAAGUUUACAUUCAAUUAGAUCAGUACUUCCCUUCCCAGAGGCCCCUACUAAAGAAUCCAGGAUGGCCCCAACAUGGAAAACAGCCGACCAUGUUAUCUUCUGACUCCAUCUUGGCUCCACCUCCAUCAUUCUUCGGCCUAUGGCUCCAGAGAACUUUGGCUGAGCAGCUGCUACGUCUAAGUCUUUCAGGGAGUACCUAAGAAUGGAAAUAAAGUAGAAGUUGAUUUGUACCCUG